UGUUUAGAUAAAGCCGGCUAUUUUUUAAUGUUUACCAAAUUUCUUUCAACCGUGAAAAACAUUUCACCGCGUUCCACUGAAUGGACUGACAGAUUUGGUCCCGUUGCAUUGUUUGGGUAUGACUAUGGUGUCCCAGGCAGCUCAGCCAAACUGAUGGAUUAUUUUUAUCACUCCCCACGUGACUGUGACUUUUAUGGCGAGCUCACAUUCCACGACACCACACCGAUCGAGUGUCCACCGGAAACGGUGAUUUUUCUCCCGGUCUUUAAGCUUGGUUCGAUGAUCGAAAAAGACCUCACCGCAACGCCCUCUCGCGACGAAUGGUUCAUGGCAAGUUUGGAAGCAACAGCUGAAUUAUUGGAAAAAGGGUACAUUCCUGUAAGUGUUGGUGGUGACGGAUCUGCCACUCACAGUAUGAUUGAGGCGCACAAGAGACUUUUUCCUCAAGAAGAUGUCGUUCUUAUCCAUUUAUCUGCUCAUCCACGCGUGGGUGAUCCAAAUUUACCUAUUAAUAUUAUGUUGGAAAAGGGACUUUUGAAAGGUGUUGUCAGUAUCGCCAACCGAUGCGUAUCAUCUGCCGAUCGUCGUGUUCGAAAACACCAUAAAAUAAUUUAUAUGGAUAUGAAUGGAAUAUAUCCAAAGGGUAUUUUUUGCAUUCGUGAUAUUCGAAAUGAUUAUCCUGUCUUUAUUAGCAUUAAUGUUGAUACACUGGAUCCAGCGUUUGCCCCUGCUGUGGAGAACCCAGUGUGUGGUGGGUUAUCGACACGUGAUUUAUUACACAUUAUCGGUGGAAUUCGUGGCCCCAAAGUGGCUGGAAUUGAUAUACAUGGUUACAACCCUUUCCUUGAUAUUUAUCGUGAGGAUAAGAUUGGGCUCACUCAAAUUACCACUUCGAAGAUUAUCAAAGAAAGCAUUUUCAAAUCGUAUUCAAUUUCCACCAUGACAAACGAGGAGGGAAUAGCUCGGCUGAAGAUGCUACAACAUCAAGGCACACUUUCUGAGAAUCCUUAUCCAGAUCACUAGUUAUCGUUCUUUUGUUAUCUUUUAAUCUGAUUGCUAUUGUGAUUCGUUUAUUUUUUUUGUUGUGUUUCUGUGUGUGUGUGGAAGGAGGGGUCGGGAGAUUCGACCCGGGCCCAUCAACACCGAUUCAGAGCCACCAGUAAUUUCAUUGGUUUUAGUUUACAUACUCGAACAAAAA